AUGAAACGGCUUGACCAAGGUGAAACGGCUUGGCGGGAAGCUGAAGCGGCUCGUUUGCAGGGUGUAGCGGCUUGGAACUUUGAUGAAGCGGCUUGGAACAGUUUUCAGCAAUUGAUUUUGCUGUUGGAGAAUGUUCAGCUUGCGGAUCGGAAUGAUAAGUGGGAGUGGACGUCAAGCUCGAGUGGGGAGUUCUCGGUGAAAGUGGUGAAACGUCUGCUUUAUUCGGAUCUUGAGGCGGUAAACUGUUACGUUAUGGAUUGGUGUCAAUGGACCCCAGCCAAAUGCAACACUCACGCUUGGAGAACGGAAAUGGAUAAGAUCCCUACCGGAGAAGCGCUAAGGAAAAGGAAUAUACAAAUAGAAGACACGCUUUGCCCCCUUUGUAGAUUGGACGAAGAAACAACGGAUCAUUUAUUUAUCUCGUGCUACAUAGCCUCUUCUGUUUGGAACGGGGUUAGUGCUUGGUAUAAAAUUCCAAACAUAUUCGCCUUCUCGAUUAAAGACCUUCUCGGGAUGCACUUGGAGCUUAGAGCGUCGGAAAGGAAGAAGGUUGCGGUUCAGGGCAUCAUCAUCAUUGUUUGUUGGAGUUUAUGGCGUGCUAGGAACAACUUUAGAUUCGCUAAUACGCCGGUUAAGAUUGAUAGUAUUUUGAGUGAGGUUAAAGCCUUGAGUUUUCUUUGGUUUUCGAAUAGAUCGAAGUUUAAGGGGGUAGAGUGGGGAGAAUGGUGUUCCUUUGUAAAUAUGUAA